GUGGAUUCCGACAGUUAAAGCUCCGAGAAACCCGCAGAAGAACCCCGAAAAAGAGAUGUUCUGUCCUGAGGACCUUGUUAGCACCACAAAACAGUCAAGCCCUGCACUUCAGAUCUCAUCACUUGCAACUACAGUCUACCUAUCUCACUGGGGAGAGGAAUCGUGAAUUAUUUCAUACCAGGGGCCAUCAUCCAUUUAAGAGAAAACAAUCUGCGAAUUUUGGGUGCUGCUUCAAAGAGGAGUUUUUUGAUAUACUGACUCGUUCAGCGGCUCCACAGAUUUCUUUUGAUGUUGAUACCCAGUUGAUAUCACUAGCCAAGCAGUGCUAAGGCCCAGAUAUAAUAUUCUUCUCAUAAUAUUAUUCUGUGAUAUUGAGGUGCCAUGAGAUUUUAGGGCGAGAAAAAAAGCUAACCACUAUGCCACUAGGCCAAAAGAGAACAUUCUCUGGUGGCCCUAGCCACUAGACGGUAGCUAAGGCCUACACUGGUCUGACACAGAACUCUUUGGCAGUGGCAUUGUGUUGUGUCCUAACAUUGAGAACUGAUGAUAUUCCUGGGUAGGCCGGAGAUCACUGUCACUCCCGGGAGCGACCCAAAGAACGAACUCUACCUCAACUCCAUCCUAGCGUUCGGUCGACAAGUGCUCUGGACAGGUUUACGCAUGCCUCUCUCAUACCUUCCGCUGUGGUGUCGGAGAUUGGUGAAGUGGGAGCCUCCGUGGACAACCGAUGUGCUCGUGAUGCUGCUGCACUUCGUGUACUGUGGAGUUCUACCAUCACAUUCGAAAACCAACUGCUUCCAGACCCACGUUAUCACCAAUGAAUUAUCAAUUGGAAGUGCUCAACUAUCGCUGCUGAUUUUCUUUCCAACCAACUCGGACUCCAUUGAGGGGUACAUUUCGUGAGACUCCCGCUCAGUCCGAAAUCCUUGACCCAAACGCACAGACUUCACGUUUGGUAGGUACUGGCCAAGAGCUGCUUGGUUUCAUUCUGGCUUGAAUCCCGGUUACGGAAUCCUUGUAUGGGACCGAGGCUUUGCCACUGUUCAUCAAUGGAGUCUGACGUCGGGGUCUCAGAGAAUCGGCCAAGGGGGGCAACACCAUUGGAACUUGCUACGUUCCACAUGAAGAGCGCCACGAUCGAUAGUGGUGUCGGGAGCGGUCACACCGAGCCUGCUAGCAGCUCUGGAAGCCUUCAAAUGGCCUACAAAGUUAUCUUGGAUGAUUCAAUGAGCUGGCUGGAGUUCCUCAGUCAUUGACCAAAUUUUUUCCUGCUGUUUACCACAGUAAUUAAUCUUGUUGUGGCCAUUGCUCUUUUCUCGAAGUGGUUUGAUACUUGUGUGAUCUUGUAUUUGUUUUUGGUGGCCAUUUUGCUUUUGUUCUGCUCAUUUGGCUCGGCCAAGCUCCGGGAUGUACAACGACGGUAUCUUGAGGCUGGCUGGCCAAAACGCUGUCAAUGUAUGUACGUACAACAGCGGGGGUCUUGAGGCUGGCUGAUCAAGACACUGUCGAUGUAUAUACAUACAACGGCAGGUGUUUUGAAAGUGGCUAGCUGUCAAGGCCACUCGAGAGGUGAUUCACCCAUGACAAACAGGGGUUCGCGAUGCUGAACAGCCAUUGCCACUUUGUUGUCAAACGUCAACCUUGCUCAAUAUCCUUCCUUUUUCUUUCAGUUGUUAACCCCUAUUGGAGGUGUCUUGAGCAAUAUCACUUGAGAACUGACAUUGGCAUGCUUUUUCCGCGCUUUUACGCACUUCUCCCCGAUCUUCCAUGCCCCCCACCAUCAAUCGUCGGAGAAAUCUGUGGCAAAGUUAGCUAAAAGAGAAGAAUAUAAAUAGUGCCCAUUUCCCAAGGCUA